CCGUGGAUCCUGGAGGUCGCCCGUGCCGGUGUUUUCCCACGUGCGGCGUGCACCGGAGGGGGUCAUGUUGUAAGGAGAUGGGGGCUGUGGUGAUUCGUGCCAUCAAGAAUUUCAACCUAGAGAACCGCGCGCAACGGGAAAUCAGCAAGAUGAAGCCCUCUCCUGCUCCCAGGCACCCUUCCUCCGAGAUCCGCCUGCGAGAGCAGAUGAGCCACCAUCUAGAAAUUAAGGGAGAAAUUGCUAGAAAAGAUGACAAGCUGCUGACAUUAUUGAAAGAUGUGUAUGUUGAUUCCAGAGAUCCUGUGUCUACCUUGCAGGUAAAAGAUGCUGAAAUACCUCAAGAGCCAAAGGAAUUCAGAUUGCCAAAAGACCAUUGCUUUGAUGUGAUUAAUCUUAAGAACAUUCCCAAAGGCAAAAUUUCCAUUGUAGAGGCCUUAACACUUCUCAGUAAUCAUAAACUUUAUCCAGAAAGAUGGACUGCUGAGAAAAUAGCAGAAGAAUACCAGUUAGACCAGAAAGAUGUGAAUUCUCUUCUCAAAUAUUUUGUUACUUUUGAAGUCAUAGUGUUUUCUUCUGAAAAUGGGAAAGCAAUACAACCAAAAUCAUGAAGUUGCUUUUUCUAUAUGUAUUCCCUAUCCCCAUCUCCUGUUUAUUUCCUCAUUUUUAGCAUAUUAAAUUAUAUAAAUUACCAAGUAUUAAAUGCUCCCUACUUGUGAGAGCAUUCUGUUUAUUGUGCGCCACUGACUUCUCAGGAUUGCUCAUCAAAUUUAUUCUGUUUUCUUUUACAUUUUAAUUUGGUUUAGGAGUAGUUCAUAUGUGUAUGCCAGUAUGACUAAUCACACUUCUAUAAAUCUAUUACAAAAAAAAGAGUUAAUGUUAUUUUAGGCACAUUAUAAUAGCUUUUAAAUUGGUCAUAUGGCCUUUUGGGAAAUGUCCUGAAUCUCAUUUAACUUUCAAAGUCUCACCUUCCAAUUUAGGUGGUUAGUUCAUUCUUCCUAUGAGUCAGUGAAAAUAAGAGCUUUCCUGAUUCUUAAAACUGUGAACUUUUUUUUGUUAGGAUAAGGGAGACUGGACAGUGAAGUAGAAUAAUAGUGUUUCCCAAAUAAAGGCAGACAGAAACCUGGAUACAAAAUUAGUAGAGAAUUCAUUUUUAUUACUACUCCAGGGAAUAAGAAUUAGUGAGGAUUUCUUUUGUUUUGAAUUGGUUUUAAUUAUGUAAUAACUGUCUGUAAAAAAGUAAUUGUUGGUAUUUGUAAAAUGUUAGCAAUCUCUGCUUUGAAAAACAAAUAGAUAAAUCCAGAAGUUUUCAGAGAGGCAGGCAGCAGUGGGAACUAUUUGAAAAAAUAACUUUUCUCUGGAUUUAAUAUAGAAAUUCAAGAAAAAUUUAAAGAACAGUCAAAGAACCAUGUUAAAGUAAUUAUUGGUAUUUAUAAAACAUUAGCUUUCUCUGCUUUGAAAAGCAGAAAUAGAUAAGUCCAAAAGUUUUCAGAGAGACAGGCAGCAGUGGGAACUACUUGAAAAAAUAAUUUUUCUCUGAAUUUAUUAUAGAAAUACAACACAAUUUUAAAGAUCAGUAGAAUCAUGGAAAAUGAAAUUUAGCAAUCAAAUAUAUAUAUAUAUAUUCUGAUUUUAAUGCUAGUUAAGAGAGUAGUGAAAAAGUAGUAAGCAGAAGCAUAAAUUAUGACUAUUGGAAGGGAUCUGGGAAAUCGCUGCUCCAUCCAUUUAACAAACUUAGUAGCACAACAUAUACCAGUACUAGGAUCUUUAACUAGAUAGUUUAGCUCUGCCUAGUAAGUUACUACCUGUGGCAUCGUGGGUAGAUUGUUUAACCUCUUUAAGACUGAAUUUCUUCUGUAAGAUGAGUGUAAUGCUGCCUUACUUAAAUCUGAGGGUUACUGUGAAGAUAAAUAAAGGACUACAAAGGACCAAGCAAAAAAUGAGAUGGUUUGUUUUUUGGGGUUUUUGUUUGUUUUUUUGUUUUUGCAGUUGAGAACAGGUGCCUACAUGACCUAAGAUUCUGUAGUUUGUGAUACAGGACCAGAAUAUGGGUUUUCAGAAUCCCGGUGAUGUAUUUUUUCUGUUAUGCCGAAAGAAGUAUGUCUCAAAAGAGCAGAAGGUGCGAGUUAUGGGAGUAUUGGGGUGAUCAAUGUGCUUCUGAAGGAAGAUGAGCAUCACUACUCCCCAGUGAUUCCCCUGGAAAUGGUACAGAAGGUGCUGAAGAAUUCAGCUUGAUGACGGAAUGAGGCAUUUGUAGUAACGCUGAGAACAGAAAAAUGGACUGAGUUGGGAAAAUUUUAAGCUUGUUUUCAAAUGCAGUUUUAUUAUGUGAAUAA